AUGGUUGAAAUACCUGAGGGAGUACGGACACGACCCUUGGAAAUUAAGCAAAGCUAUAAGGAAAUGCACAACGGGAAGACCGAAGCUUCAGUAAUGACCAUAGAGGAAGAGGAAGUUUCGUGGUACUAUGACAUCAUGAAGUUCUUGAAACUAGGGGCAUAUCCGGAUGGUGUCAACAAGAGAGAACGUUGUUCCAUUAGGAUGAUGGCAAUACAAUACGUCCUAUAUGGAGGAAAACUCUAUAAAAGGUCCUACGAUGGUAUACACCUUCGUUGCUUGAAGAAGGAAGAAGCUAAAAAGGUAACGAAAGAAGUUCAUCCAGGGAUUUGCGGCCUUUAG